AUGGUGAAAGUGCACGUUGAUGAGCUUGAUGCUCCUUUCCAAUAAAUAUCGAGGGAACAUAUAAUAAUUUCCCCUCAUCCAUUUACUCUUGCCGAAUGAACGAACGAGGUGUUUCAGAUCGUUACACGUCUGUGCAAGCUGUGUCUCAACGUUACAAUUUUGAACACGACCUUGCUUGGACGCGUCAGCUCUUUGGUCAAGUUGCAAAAAGUUCAUUGAACUUUCAACCACAAGUAGAUAAUAACAACCUAGCUGAGCCAUCAUGCUAACAAAGUGAAAUGGAGGAGGAAAGAUCAAAACAACACUGUUUUAAUCCAGUGUUGACUCAAGAUCCAGGGGGGGAGAAGCCCGGUCGAGAAAGGCCGGAUGAACCGAUCGCUGUGGCAGUGAUUGGCAGGCAGCUGACUGAACCAGGGCGCUUUGCCUACGCUGGGCUCUGUGGGGUCUCCUUGGGCCAGCUGUUUCCUGGACCUGAGAACAGGUGUUUCCGGGAGCUGUACCUGGAGGGGCUGGUGCAAUGGCUGGGUCUGGACGAGUCGGUGAUGCCCGUCAUGGGGGCCUUUCUGGCAGGCCUGGGAUUCGAGGGCAGCGACACCUUCCUCUCUAUCCUUCAGGCUGAGCCACUACUGUCUGCAGGUGCCACUCCCAUCACACAGGACCUUGUGUCUUUUUCUGUCAAAGAUGGCCUGUAUGACUCCAGAUCACGAGUCCUAAUUCGCCAUGUCAGCUGUCUACUGCGAGUGUCCCCUCAGCAACUGGAGGAGUUUGAGGCGACGCUGGGCGAACGACUGAGAGAGGGAGUGGUGGAGACCGCAGAGGAGUCAUCUCGGCGACAGACAAAAGAGAGAGGACGCAAAUUACGACGCUACCUUCUCAUUGGCCUGGCCACUGUGGGCGGAGGAGCUGUGAUUGGUGUGACGGGCGGGUUGGCGGCGCCACUGGUGGCGGCGGGGGCAUCGGCCGUACUAGGGGCAGGAGGGGCGGCUGUUCUGGGCUCAGCCACUGGCAUCGCCAUCAUGGCCUCCCUGUUUGGAGCAGCAGGGGCUGGCUUAACUGGCUAUAAGAUGAAUAAGCGGGUGGGAGCAAUAGAGGAGUUUGAGUUUCUGCCACUGAGCUCAGGGAAGCACCUACACCUGACUGUGGCUGUGACCGGCUGGCUGUGCACUGGAAAAUACAGUUCUUUCCAGGCUCCUUGGUGCAGUCUGGGUGCGUGCGGGGAGCAGUACUGUCUGGUGUGGGAGUCUCGUUUCCUUCGGGACCUGGGUUCCACCAUGGCUGCUCUUCUCGACGGCCUGGUCAGCAUGGUGGCCCAGGAGGCCCUCAAGUAUACCGUACUGUCAGGUAUUGUGACUGCUCUUACGUGGCCUGCCUCUCUGCUUGCGGUGGCCAGUGUUAUAGACAAUCCCUGGUCUGUGUGUCUUAGUCGCUCAGCCGAGGUGGGAAAACACCUCGCUCAGGUGCUGAGGAGUAGGCAGCAGGGAAAGCGUCCUGUCAGUCUCAUUGGCUUCAGUCUUGGAGCGAGGGUUAUCUACUUCUGCCUUCAGGAACUUGCCAAAGAUCAAGGUUGUGAGGGCGUGGUGGAGGAUGUUGUCCUAUUGGGUGCCCCAGUAGAUGGCACCGCCCAAGCCUGGGGGAGAAUGGUCAAGGUGGUCGCUGGGAAGAUAGUGAAUGGAUACUGCAGAGGGGACUGGCUACUGGGAUACGUGUACAGGGGUUCGUCGGCACAGCUGUCUGUUGCAGGGCUUCAGCCAAUCAGCUUGAAUGAUCGCCGCAUAUUCAACGUGGAUCUAUCUUCUGUGGUGAAAGGUCACUUGGACUACAUGCGUCAGAUGGAUACCAUCCUCGUAGCAGUGGGCGUGCCCACCAGAGAAGUUCCAGGAGCUGGGGGUGGACCUCUUCAACCACUCACUAUGACCGAGAGAAAACUGGACAUAGCCAUGAUCCAAUCAAUACAAGGGGAUGUGGCUGAAAAGCUAAAACUGGUUGGUUCUUUGGCUGGAGCAGGUGAGACUUGCAUGGGUGAGGGAGGGCAGCUGGAGGAAAAAGAGCAUAUGGGAGACGGUUGGGAUAUCCCCGACAUAUCAGAUCUGUUGGACUCGCUAAACGAGAUCGAUGUUGUUUCAACUGGAAACAUUCUUGAGGGCAACCUGCAACAGAGUUCUGAGGGGAAUGCCACCCAUGAGGACAACAGUGCACCUUCCCAUCUAGAGUUUGAUGGAUGGGGAAAAGAGCUGGAGGAGAUAUGGGGGGAGGGAGUGGAGGGGACAGAGUCUGACACUGAACACACGUCCUGGAGUUGGGAGGACACACGCUGGACUCCCGAGCACAAACACAUGGGACCAAACAGGCGGACAUAGAAGGUUACAGGACCAACUGCCUCACUGCAGUUUGUCUGCCUCUUCUCAACUUGAAUUACCAACAACAUCCCAAUCGUGUGUGGAAAGACCUCCUUUACCUUAACAGCACACUCGGGUGCCAGAACACUCACCUAAGGCAGCCGUACCACAAACGUAAAAGAAAACCAUUUUUUAUUUAACUAUGGCAGUCUAAGUUUUGUCAAUCAUUUCAUUUACAAGUUAAUCUGUUGCAUAAUGUAUAGUGUGUUAAAGUAUUGUCAGUUUUAUGUAGGCAGGAUGUAAAUUAAAAACAUUUAAUUACAACACAUUUAAUUAUAGACAUCCCCCACUUUUAUGGAUAUAAAGACAAUGCAGCAUGAAUGAAUUCUAACUAUAUUCCUAAAUCCCUCCGGUCGAUUAUUCCAUCUGUUGGGGAUUAUGGUUAUCACAGUGACGUCGCCCGGUGAUUCUCAGUGCCUAGCUCUUCCUCAUCCACUCCUGCCCUGUAUGCUAAAUUACACCUUCUAGAUAAUUUUUACAUCUUGCUACCAACCCCAACAAGACACACCUUCCUCCAAUGUAUGGUGGUCAUACGUUAGUAUGUAACACAGCAUCUGUUCAUGCUCCCUUCUCCAUCGUCCCCUUCAGUCCAGCGUGUCCACCUGAUUAGGCAGCAGCAAGGGCAGCUCAAUCCCAGCAUGCUCUGCAUCAUACAAGUUGACGGCGUCUGUGGCGGUGGCGG